AUGAACUACCUUAGCUGUUUAAAGGUAAAAGGGCGUCAAAACACGACUACAAAAUACGUGGCAUAUGCCCAGAAAGAAGGCAUUACGUUACAAAACACAGCAGACGAUAUCACUGACGAAAUAUUGCGCCUGCUCUGUGAGCAAAUGUUCCAAUAG